GGAACACCAGGGAAAUCUGUAACACAGAAAGAAAAGCGGGUAAAAUAUCAAGAUAGAGCAAUGGAUAAAUGAAUAUCAAAAUUAGUGGGAUAAGAGGAGAAAGAGAAUAUUAAUAUUGAGCAAAGCAGUAGUCAGGAACCAUGACGACCUCAGGAAAGGAAAACUUCCGACUGAAGAGCUACAAGAACAAAUCAUUAAACCCUGAUGAGAUGCGUCGCAGGCGGGAAGAAGAGGGACUUCAGCUACGGAAGCAGAAACGAGAGGAACAGCUAUUUAAGCGCCGAAAUGUUGCUACAGCUGAGGAAGAAACAGAGGAGGAAGUCAUGUCAGAUGGUGGAUUCCAUGAGGCCCAAAUGAACAACAUGGAGAUGACUUCUAGUGCUGUCAUCACCUCUGAUAUGAUUGAGAUGAUUUUCUCCAAUAGUCCAGAGCAGCAACUUUCAGCCACCCAGAAGUUCAGAAAACUACUCUCCAAAGAGCCUAAUCCACCAAUAGAUGAAGUUAUCAGCACGCCAGGAGUGGUGGCAAGGUUUGUGGAAUUCCUUAAACGAAAAGAAAACUGUACAUUGCAGUUUGAAGCUGCUUGGGUGCUGACAAACAUUGCCUCUGGAAAUUCCCUUCAGACUCGAAUUGUGAUUCAAGCAGGAGCUGUCCCCAUCUUCAUAGAGCUGCUCAGCUCAGAGUUUGAAGAUGUACAGGAGCAGGCAGUAUGGGCUCUUGGCAAUAUUGCUGGAGACAGCACCAUGUGUAGAGAUUAUGUAUUGGACUGCAACAUCCUACCCCCUUUACUGCAAUUACUUUCAAAACAGAAUCGUCUUACCAUGACACGGAAUGCUGUAUGGGCUCUAUCCAACCUCUGCAGAGGGAAGAAUCCUCCUCCUGACUUUGCCAAGGUUUCACCUUGUCUAAGUGUGCUUUCCUGGCUGCUCUUUGUCAAUGACACAGAUGUACUAGCUGAUGCCUGCUGGGCCUUGUCAUAUUUGUCUGAUGGACCUAAUGAUAAAAUACAGGCAGUGAUUGAUGCAGGAGUGUGUAGAAGACUUGUGGAGCUGCUGAUGCACAGUGAUUACAAAGUGGUGUCUCCUGCCUUACGAGCAGUUGGGAACAUUGUGACUGGGGAUGACAUCCAGACCCAGGUAAUUUUGAAUUGUUCAGCCCUCCAGAGUUUACUGCAUUUGUUAAGCAGCCCAAAGGAAUCUAUUAAAAAGGAGGCAUGUUGGACAAUAUCUAACAUAACAGCUGGAAACAGAGCCCAGAUCCAGACAGUCAUAGAUGCCAAUAUUUUCCCAGCCCUUAUAAAUAUUUUACAAACAGCUGAAUUUCGGACAAGAAAAGAAGCGGCGUGGGCAAUCACAAAUGCAACAUCUGGAGGCUCUGCUGAACAGAUUAAGUAUUUAGUAGAACUGGGAUGUAUCAAACCACUCUGUGACCUUCUUACAGUAAUGGAUUCAAAGAUUGUUCAGGUGGCAUUGAACGGUCUGGAGAACAUCCUCAGACUUGGAGAGCAGGAAUCUAGACGCAGUGGUGCUGGCAUUAAUCCUUAUUGUGCUCUUAUUGAAGAAGCAUACGGUCUUGAUAAGAUUGAAUUCUUGCAGAGCCAUGAGAACCAAGAAAUCUAUCAGAAGGCUUUUGAUCUGAUUGAGCAUUACUUUGGGACGGAGGAUGAGGACAGCAGCAUUGCUCCGCAAGUUGAUCUCAGCCAGCAGCAGUACAUCUUCCAGCAAUGCGAGGCUCCCAUGGAAGGCUUUCAGCUUUGAGGUGCCCCCAUGCUGCGUGCUCCACUAUCCAGUCAGUCCUACUUUUGAGCCUCAAGCCACCCAUGGAGUGAUUUUCCAAAUGUUUUCCAUAACCCUGUCUGUGCUCAUUUGCUUGCCUUGUGCACAUGCUGUUACACACAUCUGGAAAACCUUUGGUGCUUUGUGGCAAGAUGCCCCUUUGGCAAGGGCUGACCAGAAUGGUUCACCUCUAGGCUCUGGACCUCUCCACUUUGAUCUUUGUGGGGUUGGGACAGCUAUAUGUACAUUUGGACACUACCCUUUCCUACUCAAGAAGAAUAAUCCCUUCUCCACUAGCCCCUACACUCCUGGCAUCCAAGAUAGGCUGCCUUUUCUCUUAUAUUUGCAGUUGUGUGCCUGUAUUCCAGGGAGUUAUUUAGACUUGCUAUCCCUCUGUAGUUGAGUUAUUUUUCCAUGCUCUUCGUUGGGUGCUUCUUUGGAUGGCUUUGUGAGAUGCAUUCAAUCCUGACAUUCAGCAUAUCUGAUUACUUCGCUGUAUGUGUCAGCCUGGCUUUAGGCAUAUAGAAUGUGUCACAGAUAUUGGAAUAACUUCUAUAUUCCCUGCAAUUACAGGCACCAAUGGACAUGCUAUCUAGUUAUUAGUAACACUGAACACAACUGGAGCUCCCCCUUUACAAAAUUUGAGUUUCCAAGCUGGACUGCAGACCAUUUCAGAGAUAUGGAUAGUUUCUCAUUUCCCCUCCAUCCAUAAAGGAUGUAUGAGUAGGUCAGUCUUAUCACUUCCCCAGAACAACUUUCCUAACUGAAUGGAGAAAAUCAAGCCCUCCCGCUCCCCAUCCCUAAUACUGUGCGAUUCAAAAUGGUCUCUUUAUUAGUUGUACCUUCCCUGUUUUCAUAGGGAAAUUAAUUAUCUGGUCAUCCUUAGCAUUGUGACGCUGAUAAUUCACUUUUUACAUUUUUUAUACAGCUCAACUGGAACAGGUUUCUCUUCUGUAACAUACCUUUUGAUGAAAUAGCUUAAUGUGCUAAACUGUCACUGGAAGGAGGGCACUGUAGAGUAAGCUCUCAUGACUGUUUUCAUCCUCAUGCAAUAGAGCUUUCCCUCCAGUCCAGCCCCCAAAAAGAAUCCUGCUGAGCAACCUUUUGUUUAACCAGUAUAAUGACACUACAUUUAAAAAGAAUAUGAAUAUUCUUUCCAGCAUUCUCCUAUUCCUGCCCUUCCAUUUUUACCUCACUACUCACAUGAUCCCAGAUGACUUAGCUUGGAACAAGUGGUUUCCACAAGCUAUAUCUCUAAGGAUUGCUAAAUGCAUGACAGUUGUCCUGUGCAGCUGUAGACUGCGCCUUUGCUAGCAGCAUGUUCUUAGCUCUGCAGCCUCCUUGGAUUACAGGCAUCUGAAGGCAAAAGCCAAUCACUUCUCACUCGAGUUAAGCUGACAUCAGUAUAAUCUUCAUGUAACAUAAGAGAUGCCACAUCACUGAAGGUCAUUAUUCCAUUUCUGUGAAUUCAGUGGAUUCUCCAGGCUAUCUGCUCUUUCUGCAUUGGAAUACAUUCUUUCAAGACAUUUGGGAUCUUUGGCACGCCUAUUUACCCCAAUAUAAACAUUUCAAAAGUUGCCAUUGCUGCAAUAUCAUGCAUCUGUGGUAGAUUCUAUUGACAGAACUGUCUGUAAGAUCUUCCUCGUGACUUCAUUCACUGACAAGCCACUGCAAAAACAACCCACAGGAUGCACAUUCAAACAAAAUCACAUGAUGUACCACUGCAAGAAGCUAGGUCACGGCCUAAACAUCAGUUCUGUGUGGACAUUACUUUAAAUAUAAUCUUCAUUUUGUGUUUGUACUUCAGGAUGGAGACUCUGACCUGUGUGGCCAUUGCAGCAGCCAUUGACUGUCUCCCUAGCUAACUCUGUUGGCCUCUGCCCUCCAUGUUACUUUCUCUAGUGCUGCUUUGUGCUGAAGGAACAUUUAGUUUACUGCACUUGACCUGUAAAUGGACUUCAGUUCUUUGAAAUUUUAGGGUUUAAAAUUUGGAAGUUAAUUUAAAAACAACAACAGGAAAACCCUCAAUGUUGCCUUUACAUCACAUACAACUAACUGUGUUUAUCUUUAUUGAAGAGUGAUAGAAGCACUGAUUUAGUAGCAAAAUCUUGUUUUAGCUCUUG